CGCAAUUAUCGCGUUUGCGUAAAAUAAAUAUGAUUAAGCCGUUAUAGAGGCGAAUUUGUGUUCGCUCGUAAUAAGGCUUUGAAGUCCAUCCGUGCAUAACCACGCCACCAAAACAAUUAUAUACCACAGGAUAUUCACAUUAAACCGAUGCUCAGUUAAAGCAGGUGGCGUUGCUUGUAGGCUAUAAUUGCGUAUGGAUACGGAUUUUGGGUUGGAUCUGCCUGUUCUUCAAACGCCAAGGAAUCCUUGAGAAAGGUCGAAUCAACCCUUGCUUUGCUUGGGGCAAUGUGCGUCUAGAUGACAACUACAUAAACAAGCACGGUAGCACUGGACUAAAUAUAUAACCGCCCACUUCCUUCUCACUCAGUUUGAGCCUCUCACGCCCGCUAGCACCAUGGGUAACCGGGGAAUGGAGGACUUGAUCCCGUUGGUCAACAAGCUUCAGGACGCUUUCAGCGGCAUCGGUCAGAGCUGCAAUCUUGACCUGCCACAGAUCGCGGUAGUCGGCGGACAGAGCGCUGGCAAGAGCUCCGUGUUGGAGAACUUCGUUGGCAGGGACUUCCUGCCCCGAGGCUCUGGGAUCGUCACCCGCAGGCCCCUUGUCCUGCAGCUUAUCAGCGCCAAUGCAGAAUGGGCAGAGUUCUUGCACUGCAAAGGGAAGAAGUUCACAGAUUUUGACGAGGUUCGCCAGGAGAUUGAGGCAGAGACUGACCGCAUUACCGGGGCCAAUAAGGGCAUCUCUCCCGUCCCCAUCAAUCUGCGCGUCUACUCCCCACAUGUGCUGAACCUGACCCUGAUCGACCUGCCAGGCAUCACCAAGGUGCCCGUGGGGGACCAGCCAGUGGACAUUGAGCAGCAGAUCAGAGACAUGAUCAUGCAGUUCAUCUGCAGGGAGAGCUGUCUCAUCCUGGCUGUCACCCCGGCCAACUCUGACCUGGCCAACUCCGACGCCCUCAAACUGGCCAAAGACGUCGACCCCCAGGGCCAGCGGACCAUAGGAGUGAUCACCAAGCUGGACCUGAUGGAUGAGGGAACAGAUGCCAGGGAGGUCCUGGAGAACAAGCUGCUGCCCCUGAGGAGAGGUUACAUUGGAGUGGUGAACCGCAGUCAGAAGGACAUUGAUGGGAAGAAGGACAUCAAGAUGGCUAUGGCUGCUGAGAGGAAGUUCUUCCUGACUCACCCGGCCUACAGACACAUGGCCGAAAAGAUGGGCACCCCGUGCCUGCAGAAAGUCCUCAACCAGCAACUGACCAACCACAUCCGUGACACGCUACCAGCGUUCCGUAGCAAGCUGCAGACCCAGCUGCUGUCUCUGGACAAGGAGGCUGAGGAGUACCGAGGAUACCGCCCUGAUGACCCGGGACGGAAGACCAAGCAACUGCUGCAGAUGGUGCAGCAGUUCUCAGUGGACUUUGAGAAGCGUAUUGAGGGCUCUGGGGACCAAGUGGAUACUGUAGAGCUCUCAGGUGGAGCCAAGAUCAACCGCAUCUUCCACGAGCGAUUCCCCUUCGAGCUGGUGAAGAUGGAGUGUGAUGACAAGGAGAUGCGGCGGGAGAUCAGCUACGCCAUCAAGAACAUCCACGGUAUCAGGACUGGCCUGUUCACUCCAGACAUGGCAUUUGAGGCCAUCGUGAAGAAGCAGAUUGUGAAGAUUAAGGAGCCGUGUAUCAAGUGUGUGGACAUGGUCAUUCAGGAGCUGAUCAACACCGUGCGCCAGUGUACCAACAAGUUGGAUUGCUUCCCCAGACUGCGUGAGGAAACUGAGAGAAUUGUGACCUCACACAUCCGAGACAGAGAGAGCAGGGCAAAGGACCAGGUGUUGCUGCUAAUCGAUGUCCAGCUCUCGUACAUCAACACUAACCACGAGGACUUCAUAGGCUUUGCUAAUGCACAGCAGAGCAGCAAGCAGAGUAACAAGCAGAGCAGCGCUGCGAGCCAGGCCUCCUCUCCACCCGCCUCAGGCCUGAUUGUAAUCCGUAAGGGCUGGCUGACCAUCAACAACAUCAGCAUAAUUAAAGGCGGGGCUAAGGAAUACUGGUUUGUCCUGACCGCUGAGAGUCUGUCCUGGUUCAAGGAUGAUGAGGAGAAGGAAAAGAAAUACAUGCUCCCUCUGGACAACUUGAAGGUGCGCGACGUGGAGAAGGGGUUCAUGUCCAGCAAGCAUGCCUUUGCCAUCUUCAACACAGAACAAAGGAAUGUGUACAAGGACAAUCGUUUCCUGGAGCUGGCCUGUGACACUCAGGACGAGGUGGACAGUUGGAGGGCUUCUCUCUUGCGUGCUGGAGUCUACCCUGAAAGGUCUUCUAAUGUGGAAAGUGAGGGAGGCGGCACAUCGUCCUCGUCCCAGGACAACUUCUCCAUGGACCCUCAGCUGGAGCGGAAAGUGGAAACCAUCCGGAACCUGGUCGACUCCUACAUGGCCAUUGUCAACAAGUGCAUCCGUGACCUCAUGCCCAAGACCAUCAUGCACCUCAUGAUUAGUAAUGUGAAGGACUUCAUCAACGCGGAGCUGCUGGCCCAGCUGUACUCGGCCGAGGACCAGGGUGCCCUGAUGGAUGAGUCCCAGGAGCAGGUCCAGAGGAGGGACGAGGUCCUCAGGACCCACCAGUCCCUGAAGGAGGCCCUGGCCAUCAUAGGGGAUAUCUCCACCACCACCAUCUCCACCCCCAUGCCCCCGCCCGUGAACGACUGGCGCGGUGGAGGCGGAAACAGGUCUCCUCCAACCAGCCCCACUGGUUCCAGGAGGAUGUCAUCAGGCCAACGCCCUAGUCCCGGAGGAGGGCGAGGGGCUCCACACCCUCCUAACCGCCCAGGACCCCUGGGGCCCUUCAACAACAGUGCUGACAGCCCCCAGGUCCCCAGCCGCCCUAACCGGGCCCCUCCCAACAUCCCCAGUAGGCGACCCCCUCCUUCUCCAACAAGAAAUAUCCCCCCAUCAUAAGCAAGGAGCUUGCGAUCUCUAAUGGGACUAGUGUUCAUCUCCUAGCUCAUCCUUCCCCUAUUCUCCCCAAGCCCCUCUAUCUCUCUCUCCUUGGUCUUUACCCCCCC